UCCUCCAUCCAUCCAUUCCUCCCGCCUCUCCUUUCCCAUCAGUCUGCCUCUUGUUACCCGCUCAUCUCACCUGAUCCCCGGCUUACUUCUCCAAGAAACACCGCUAUUUCUAACUUUAUCUGUGGAGCAUUUGUGGAGAAAAUGAGUCCCCGGUACCGGAGCUGGUUGUGGUUCUGGUCGUGCUUGCUGAGCCUGAGUGUUUUGACCCAUGCUUUGGAGCUGGAGGAGCUGUUUGAGUUCGGAGAAGAAGCCGGAGACCAGCAGCUGAAACCCGGGUCCGACUCCACCGCAGAGCUGCCUCUCAACGGAUCUCUGUACUUCUUCGGCGACACCUUCCACAAAGUUUAUAUUAACACGAAUGGAUUUGUGUCCACGGUGGAGCCCGAGGCCGAGGAGGAGUACCUCGGGAAGAUGCCCUCCAAUUUCAAAAUGAUUGCGGCCCUGCUGGGGGACCUGGAGGACAGCGACGGACAGGGGAGGGUCCUCUUCAGGUGGGACAGCAGCCCGGAGGUCCUGAAUAAAUCUGCAGAGCACAUCAGGAGAGCUUUCCCCAGAGACGAGGGAGUGGAUCCCAUCACCGUCUUCAUCGUCACGUGGGAGAACAUGGCCGCCCGGGGGACGUCUGGACGAGGAGACCGACUGGACACCAAGAGAAACACUUUCCAGCUGGUUGUGGCCACAAUGGAGUUGUCUUCCUGCGCCAUCCUCUUGUACCCCCGAGACGGCAUGCAGUUCCUCUCCACGCCAGUAGGGGGCGAGAAUAAGAUCCUUGAGGCGGGAUUCAAUGAAGGACUGGUGGACGGCUGGUUCUGGAAAGCAUCAAUGGGAACGUACUUCCGCACCACCACCGAUGAAGAGAGCUCCAUCAGCGAACUCACUGAAAAAACCAACUCAGGACAGAAAGGAGUUUGGGUGUACGAGAUCGGCUCCUCGCCAUUCUUUGUCGCCAUUACACCCGGAGUGACCCCCGAGGACGAAGAGGCCAUCGAACCUCAAUCAACCGUGUUGCCAAGGCAAACUGAGGAAUCCCAGGUGGAGGAGAUCCCAACUGCCAAUGAAUACCAACCCAUUUACCCAGAAAGUGAGACUGACGAGCCAGAUUAUGAGCCAGACUUUGAGACUGUCACACCAGAAUACACCGACUUCGAGAGGGCUGAACCAAGAUACCCAGAACCAUCUGAACCAAGAUACCCAGAACCAUCUGAACCAAGAUACCCAGAACCAUCUGAACCAAGAUACCCUGAACCAUCUGAACCAAGAUACCCUGAACCAUCUGAACCAAGAUACCCAGAACCAUCUGAACCAAGUUACCCUGAACCAUCUGAACCAAGAUACCCAGAACCAUCUGAACCAAGUUACCCUGAACCAUCUGAACCAAGAUACCCAGAACCAUCUGAACCAAGAUACCCUGAACCAUCUGAACCAAGAUACCCUGAACCAUCUGAACCAAGAUACCCAGAACCAGUUGAGUCGAGGUACCCAGAACCAGUCCAACCAGUACCCCCCUAUAAUCGACCCCAGCAACCCCAGAUCGUCGUGGUUGACGAAGACGAAGAUCUCAAUGUGAAUGUAUUUUCGUACAAUUCGGAGACCUGCGCCCACAACCAGCAAACAUGCUCGGCCUUCGCUGACUGUCGGGAUUACAGCCAAGGGUACUGCUGCCAGUGUAAACCUGGUUACUAUGGAAAUGGAAAGGACUGUGUAGCAGAAGGAAAGCCACAGAGAAUGAAUGGAAAGGUGAACGGUCGAGUGUUCAUUGGGAACUCGGCUACACCCAUUGAGCUCAGUAACAACGACUUGCAUUCGUACGUGGUAACAAAUGACGGACGGGCCUACGUGGCCAUCAGCAACAUCCCAGCCGGUAUCGGUCCCUCCUUGCAGCCGCUGUCCUCUCUCGGAGGAGUCAUCGGCUGGGCCUUCGCUUUGGAGCAGCCCGGGUACCAGAACGGAUUCAGUCUCAUCGGAGGUGUGUUUUCCCGGCAGGCCGAGGUGAUCUUCCACCCUGGGAACGAGCGUCUGAACAUCAGGCAGCAGUUCAAAGGGAUCGAUGAGCACGACCACCUGGUGGUGAGCACCGAGCUGGAGGGGCGUCUGCCCGACAUCCCGCUGGGGUCCUCCGUCCAGAUCAACCCGUACAAGGAGAUCUACCAGUACGACAGAAACUUGAUCACUUCCUCCUCCAACCGCGACUACACCAUCACCUCGUCUGAAGACAACACUCAGACCAGAAGCUACCAGUGGCGUCAGACCAUCACCUUCCCGAGCUGCGUGCACGACGAGGCCAGCAGGGCGGCGAUGUCCACGCAGCAGCUCAGCGUGGACCAGAUCUUUGUGAUGUUCGAUCCCGAGAACAAUCUGAUCCGCUACGCCAUGAGCAACAAGAUCGGCUCCGUCCACAGUACUCUUCCAGAGCAGAACCCAUGUUUCACGGGCAGACACGGCUGUGACAUCAACGCUAUGUGCCGACCAGGUGAAGGCCUGCAGUUCACCUGUGAAUGUUCUUCUGGUUUCACUGGAGAGGGACGCUACUGCCAAGAUACUGACGAGUGCAGGGAGAAUCCUCAGAUCUGUGGAGCUAACUCCGUCUGCAACAACCAGCCCGGGACUUUCCGCUGUGAGUGUUUCACCGGCUUCCUGUUCGCCAGCGACGGACGGACCUGCAUCGAGGAGAACCGUCCCGUGGAUCACUGUCAGAGAGGAACUCAUGACUGUGAUGCUCCUGAUCGAGCGUCCUGCAGCUACACCGGCGGCUCCGCCUUCCUCUGCUCCUGCCUGCCGGGAUUUGUGGGCGACGGCCGGGUGUGUCAAGACGUAGACGAGUGUCAGCAGGACGUCUGCCACAGCGCUGCUUUCUGCUCCAACUCCCAGGGGUCCUUCGCCUGCCAGUGCCAUCCGGGUUUCCACGGUGACGGCUUCCAGUGCAGUCCCAUCUCUACAGAGCGUGAGCAGACGGUGUGUGAGCGCCACAGAGAGAGCGCUCAGUCCCCCCCCUCCUCCUCCGGCUCCGCGAUCUUCUCCUUCUUCCUUCCCCGGCCGGCUGUGGGUCAGUUCGUCCCUCAGUGCGACCUCCAUGGAGCCUACGAGCCGACGCAGUGCCACAGCUCCAUCGGGCAGUGCUGGUGUGUGGACGCCAGCGGGCAGGAGAUCCCCAACACCCGCACCGGACCGGGGAACACCGCCCUGUGUAUUGAUCAGGGGGUGAAUCCUCCUCCGGUGGGUCCAACCCCUCGACCAGACGUCCACCCCGUUGCUCCGGGGACUCACCUGCUGUUCGCUCAGAGCGGGAAGAUCGAGCGCGUUCCUCUGGACGGAAACAGCAUCAAGAUGGACGAGGCCAAACCUCUGCUGCACAUCCCCGACCGAGUGGUGAUCGCCCUGUCGUACGACUGCGUGGAGAAGAUGGUUUACUGGACCGACAUCACCGGGCCGUCCAUCAGCAGGGCGCGUCUGAGCGGAGGAGGCAUCAUCCCUGUCGUCACCACAGAUCUCCAGAGCCCUGAAGGCAUCGCGGUGGAUCACGUCUCGCGGCUCCUAUUCUGGACCGACUCCAUGCGCGACACGGUGGAAGUUUCCAAACUGGACGGCAGCCAGCGGCGAGUUCUGUUCGACACGGACCUGAUCAACCCGAGACCCAUCGUGGUCAACCCGGCGUACGGGCGGCUGUACUGGGCAGACUGGAACAGAGACGGGCCCAAAAUCGAGAUGUCGAACAUGGACGGGACGGAUCGGACGGUCCUGGUGAAAGACGACCUGGGGCUUCCCAACGCUUUGACCUUUGACAUCGAGCAACAGGAGCUGUGCUGGGCCGACGCAGGGACUCGUAAGUUGGAGUGUAUGGAUCCUCACCGGCGGCUGAGGAGGCAGAUCGUCGAGGGGAUCCAGUAUCCCUUCUCCAUGGUGUCCUUUGGAAAGAACCUUUAUUACACCGACUGGAGGAGAGAGGCGGUGGUCUCCGUGGACCGUUUCUCAGAGAAAGAGACCGAAGAGUUCCUGCCUCAGAAACGCUCUCGACCGUACGGCAUCACCUCGACACCGACGCAGUGUCCACAAGCCUAUAACUACUGCUCCAACAAUGGCGGCUGCUCUCACCUGUGCCUCCCGCGGCCCGGCGGCUUCACCUGCCGCUGCCCGGACGCCUCCGAGGGUCAGUGUGAGGAGAGGAACCUGUGAGGAACCUGUGAGCUGCUGCUGGGACACACAAAACACUCUUAACUCGACGUUGGUGUUUCCUACAUUUCUUACUUGAAUUGAACAUUUUCCACAAUCUUUUGUAUGUGUUUCUGGCCGUCGGAAGCUGUUCAGACUUUACUGUAUUUAUGAUGUCACACUUCAGGUGAGAUGAUUCACUUUUGAAUUCAGGUGUGUUUGUAUUUAGACUCCUGGGUGAAGAGUUUCUCCUCAAAAUGAGACCAAAGUGACACAAAAUCUUAAACAGGGAUUUUUUUUAAAGACCGUAGGUAAACCAAAAACCCUUGUGAUGAUAAUUAUUUGAAAAGGUACUGAACGAUAAACUAUACGUUGUUUUUUAUUAUAUUUUAAAGGUUUAACUCCUUCGUUUUUCCUUAUAACUGCGUAAACAAUCAGAUAUAAUUCAAUCAAUCUUCUGUAAUGAUUAAAUAAUUGAGAAAAAAAGGUUCGUAAGGGCCUUUUCGAAAUGUUAGACGUUUCAAAAAAUGCCUUAAAAGGUUUCUGAAAAGGAAAAACCUUUCCCUGAAGUUACUUUAGGACAGCCGUGUGUUAUCUGUCUUUAUCUAAUCUGAAUACAGGCAAUCCUUUGGCUGUAGCGCCCCCUAGAGGUGAAAGGCAGUCAUAUCAACUCAAAGGCCUUCUUAGAGUUGUCACACAUUUUUCUGAAACUAUUCAAGAGUUACAGAAAUAUCACAAAACCGAUGCAUCAUAUUUAGUUUAAUCCAAACAAAUAUAUAUAGUGUAUAUAUAUUGUAGCACAUUAAGUGAAGACUUGAUGAAAUAUGUACUAAGAAACGACCAAAAAGGCCUAAAAUAUGUUGCAUAAUUUCAGGUUUUUAUUAUACAAAAGGUAAAGUGGCCAUGUGACGACACUAUAUUGUCCACCAGAGUUUAUAUCCAAAAAAGUCUCCAUAAAAGCUCUAUUAGUUUCCGUAUGAUAAUAAAAAGCUAAUGUACUGAUAUGCUUUCUCUAAAAUGAUACAGGACGUUUUGUUUUUUAAAGGAUUGCAAAAGUUGUUUUUAUUGGCAGAGAUAUUGUAAAAUAAACCAAACCAAGCCAAUAUGGGAUUAUUCUAUAUUUUAGCGAUCUUAUGAUACAUUAGAUUAGUUUCCCCGACAGAGCUGACUUGUGUGUUAUUAUUAUUUUGGAAGUGGACCACUAUAAUCACCACUGUGACCCUGAGGUACACCACCUCAGGGCUAAAAACCUUUUUAUGACUUACAAGAUUUAUCGUGUUGUUUGUACUACGACUCAGUGUAUUUUUGAUAUGAACUUGUAAAUAAUGACCUGAUAUGCAGACGGUAUUCUCUCAUGUUUUAAUGUUUCCUGAGAUCUACCUGAAGACGAUUACUGUGAAGGUGUGAGGGAAGUAUCGAGAGAACAAGCGGUAUGUUUCUGUCAUGUGAACAUCUUUUUAUUCAAGACUGGACAGUGCUGAAUUAGGAGCUAGUCACUGUGUUUUCAUCUCAAAUAAAAGUAGACAAAACUACAAAAAAUACAUGUUUUGAAAGACUCCUCAAAUAUACCUGCAAAUAUUGAAAUUAGGGAAUGUUAAGCGACAUAAUCAAACUGCUUCUUAUGUCAACAAUUAUUUAAAAUGAUCCUAAAACCUGGACAAAUACAAUUAUCCAAUUUUGAGAAGCUUAUUGUAGCAGCGAUAUUUUUCAAAUAUUCAUUUGGGCAGCAAUCUUACUUUUUCAAACAUGAAAAUACACUUUAAUUUGGAUUCAAACCCGUCAAAGACUGUCAAAAUCUUAAUUUGAUUAUAUUAUUUAAUUGUAAUAUUGCCUGACUAUUCUAACCUGCUGCUAAAAAAUAAUAAAAAGUAAAAAGUCCCUCAUUUGUAAAGUGAAGUUUCUAGUUUUGUUUGAUAUAAACACAAAUUGUUAAAAAAAAUAAUCCAGAAAUGUGGUCGUUAGAGAAUGAGCCGAGCUUGUGAAACAGGUAAAAAGGUGACUCAAUAUUUUUACAGCAGCAGGAAAAACGUCUGAACUGGUGCUAAUGUUUAAAACAGUCUGUUUGCAUGACAGGAACAUCAUUGUGUUGAAGGUGAAGUGAAGAGCAGGUCGGUGCAGCGUUUCUAAACUCAGCUCAGGUUUUUUUGUUGUUGUGGUAACUGAUCCCCCAUCAGGGAGGAAACGGUCUGUUCUGACUAUCAGCCAGAGGGAACAUUAACAACCUGUACAGCCUCAAUAAAACAUGUUUAAAACAAAA